AUCUACAAUCCACUUUUUCUUUUACUUUUCCUUUAAAAAAAACAAAAUAUACCUCAUGAGCGUGGGAGAUAUAGUAAACUCUUAUGACAGUGCUCCUACGCACCAUUCAGGCUCGUUUUACAAUGGACAUAAAGUCAUUAACGAUCCGAUUCAUGGCCAUAUAACUUUGGACGAUUAUACCGUAGAGUUUAUUGACACUGUGCAAUUUCAACGUCUUAGAGAUCUCAAACAAGUCGGCCCGCUUUACUUUGUAUUUCCCGGUGCCAGUCAUAGUCGCUUUGAGCAUUCUAUUGGUGUAUCUCACUUAUCGGGUACCUUGAUUGAAAGGUUUGCAAGAGAGCAGCCUGAAUUACGUAUCACCGAAGAUGAAAUUCGAUGUGUCAAACUUGCAGGAUUAUGUCAUGAUUUAGGUCAUGGUCCAUAUAGUCAUGUGUUUGAUAAUGCAUUUAUGCCUAUUGCGAGACCCGGAUCAACAUGGACACAUGAGCAAGCAUCUGAAAUGAUGCUAGAGUACUUGGUCGAGGACAACAAUAUCGAUUUAGAUUCAAGCGAUGUUCAUCUAAUCAAGGAUUUAAUUGCAGGCGAACCAAGAUCCAACAGUAAAUAUGAAGACCGAAAGUUUUUAUUUGAUAUUGUGGCCAAUAAGAAGAAUGGUGUAGAUGUCGAUAAGUUUGAUUACAUUGAAAGAGAUGCCUACAAUUUGGGCCUUCGGAUUUCAUAUGAUCCAAAAAGACUGUCUGGAUACAGCCGUGUCAUUAAUAAUGAGAUUUGUUAUCAUCAGAAGGAGGUGUAUAACGUCUACGAAAUGUUUCAUACACGCUAUACAUUGUUUAGGCAGAUCUAUAACCAUCGCGUAGGAAAGGCACUUGAGCUGAUGAUUGUCGAUGCAUUCAUGGCAGCAAAUGACUACAUGAAGAUUGCAGAUUCUAUAGACGAUCCUGAAGCGUACCUGUACAUGACAGAUGAUAUUAUUCGCACCAUUGAGCGAUCCAAAUGUCCGGAAUUAAGCGAAUCCAGACGUAUCGUUAAAAACAUUCGGACGCGUAACUUGUACAAGUUUGUAGACGAGUUUUUAGUACCACCUGAAUUAGAAGCGCAUUUAAACAGUGACACAUUGACAGCACAAGAUAUCGCCAAUUCACAAACCGAUAAUGCCGGACUUGUCGCGCACGAUAUCAUUGUGGCUUUCACAAAGAUCAAUUAUUCUAUGAAGGAAAGAAACCCAGUGGAUUCCAUUAGGUUCUUUUCCAAGUUCAAUGAUCAAGAAUCAUUUAAUAUUUCCAAGCAAAAAGUGUCUUACAUGAUCCCCUCCAAAUUCCAAGAUAUAAAUAUAAGGAUCUUUACAAGAACGCCUGGUAAAAUGAAGGCUGUACAAAAGGCCUUUCGACGAUUUUUAGGUCAUAUCACACACAAUGAUGUGAACCUAGACCCUACCGUAUGCGUACCUGACGAUUACCCUACAAACAAACGACGCCGUUCUUCUACAUAAUUUUUUUUUUAUUAUUAUUAUUAUUUUAAAUAAAUGAGUGCUGACCAAAUAAAGCACAUUGCUCUUCAUACCGAAGAAAA